AUGUUCACAGUAGCAGUUGCAAGGCCUAGAUUCAAUGCUCAAGAUGAAUGCACAUUUGAUGGCAAAUUGGGGAUCUUUCCAUUCACUUAUCAAGAAGCAGCAAAGAGGAAUUCAAAAAAUAGAGAUAAGGGGACAAUGGUGACUAAAGUAGUUGAAUCAGUCAGAAAAGAAGAGACAAGGGACAUGCUCAUCAAUCAAAUUGUUCCAGCAAUCAUGCAAAAAUGGCCUCCAAGUGAAGGGCCAAAAACAAUAUUCAUACAACAAGACAAUGCAAGAACACACAUCACUCAAUCUGAUGCUAUAUGGCAACAAGCACAUCAACAAGGUGACUUCACUUUCAUUCUAGUCCAACAACCACCAAACAGUCCGGACUUGAACAUAUUAGACUUGGGUUUUUUCAAAAGUAUUCAAAGUUUAAUGCACAAGAAAAUGCCAAAGGAUGUUGAUGACAUGUUGGAUGCAGUUAACCAAGCUUAUUAUGAGUUAGAGGCAAGAACACUUGGAAAUGUUUGGUUAUCAUACCAAUAUGUGAUGAAUGAAAUACUAAAAGCCAAGGGUUCAAAUAAUUAUGAUCUACCACAUGUGAACAAGAAAAGACUUUUUGCUCAAGGAAGGUUAAUGUAG